AGAUAUGAUCGCGAGCACAAGCAGCCUCUCCUUCUCAUAAUGUCUGCCUGGCUGCCUCUAUAUCUACGACCUGGUUGGUACCCGGCCCGGCCGGUGGACUGAUCGUCGAUCCUUUCUCAUGUCCAUUUAGAAUCACCAUGGCCGCCGGCGGGUCGUCGUCGUCAAAGCCAACAAACAACAACAAGGUUUUGCGGGUGUGGGAAAUGCUGGACGCCAACGACAGGGCUCGUAUGGCGUACAAGCGGCUUCUCGCUCGUCCAACCAUGCUUGAGGUUGCCAAGAACGUGAUUUGCCUCCUCCUCUGGAUGGAGACGACCAUUGGUGUCAAAGUCCUCCAACAAGUACUGGAGGAGAUGAUGAGCAGAGACGACGACGACGACCCCUGCAAUAAGCAGCAGAAGCACUACCAACUCGCUCUGCUCAUCAAGGAGGCAGAUGGCCUAUACAGCUACCUCCUUGAUGAGCCUGACGACGCAUUGCCGGAACCCCUCGUCUGUAACAUCCCCACCAUCGUGUCCCUCUGCGGUGGAGGAGGCAGGCUGCUCGACUUCAGAUUCUUCAAGGUCCACAAACAAGUCGUCGCACGUGGCGUCGCCGUCAUUCGGGACACCGUCGCCGCACUUGUCUUCAACGAACACCUUCACGCCAUGCUGCGUGAUUUUGAAGACGACCUUCACUCCAGUCUGAUGAGCCAACCAGCUCCAGCUCUAGAGCUCAUGGAGCGGUUCGUCCCCAUGUCCACCACGCCCCCCGAGGACUCGAGGAUGGUGUUCCUUGCCUUCUCCGUGUCCAAGAAGGCCGGUCGUCGUGCCCAUGGUAUAAGCUCACAAGACAUCAUCCACCACUUUGAAGGAGUUUUUGGGUUUCCGCGUCACAUCGAGCGCGUUGAAAUAGAGCAGCCAUGCACAGGCCAGGACUCCAAGCAUGGGAUCAUUUUAUUCAAGAGCCCGGAGAAGAUGAAGGAGGCCAUGUUCGGGGAGACCUCAGCAUUCUUUAGGAUCAAGUCGCAUGACAUUUGGAUGCAGUGCUACAUGCCUCCGUUCUAAUUAAGCUCAUUGAAUCAACUACAAUAUAUAACCAAUUCACCUAUCAGUGGUUGGUGUUUUUGAUUUGGCAAAUAAUGGAUUUUUUUUUUGUUA